AUGUGUGCGUUGUUUCUCAAUUUCUCAUCCCAGCAGGAUUUCCAAGCACGCGUCGUCGUGCAGAAGGUUUCCCAGGCAUACGGCAGCUCGGAGCACCAUGAGAGGAGGCUUCAAGAUGCUGCCACAUGUGAGGAGGUUCACACAGCUGGCACUUGGGGCCCGAUGAGGAUCGGAUAUGAGAUGGUCGACAUCGAUUCAGUUCCAUCCGAUCUGGUGGAUUUGGUAAACCAGACCGUGAUGGCACGAGCUGUGGCUUACUGGUCUUCGGUGCUGCAGGUUCGUCAGGCCCAGAGCCCUCUCAAGAUGGACCGCAUCGGCACCGGCUGCUUCAAAUAUGGCUUCGACACGGACUGGCGCUGCAGCGGUAUGCGAAGUCCAACUUGCGGUUUAAUGACCAUUCCAGACAAGUACCUGCGAAGCAAGCGAGCCUGCCAAGAAGUAUGCGGACCGCGCUGCACUGGAAGCUGUGUGCAAGGAGGCAGCUGUGCUUGUGACGUCGACGAAUGGCUGGUGCAACAAGACAAUUACUGCUGCUACUUGACACCACAAGCUGGAUGUCCAAGCGACUGCUCGCUCGCGAACGCGACACAGGUGAGCAACGGCGCUUCUGGUGGCUUGGUUUGUGAGGGGGCUUGUGUUGAUGCACCAGAAGGUGAAGGAGCCGCGGCUGAAGAUCUCCACGUAUUUGUGAAGAUUGAAGAUUCAGCGGAGUGCCAAAGUUCGGCUACUCUGCUGGCUUAUGCCAUUUCCUGCGGUGUUGACCAGUGUGACCGUCCUGUGUUUGGGUUUAUCAACUUCUGCCCAUCACAGCUGUCCACAUCGCCCGAUGACCUGAGCGGAAUGAUUUCCACUGCCGUGCAUGAGUUGGCUCAUGUGCUCGUCUUCAGCAAUGAGCACUUCCGCAACUUCCGCAAUGCCGAUGGAACCCCAAUGAUUCCCAGGGAAGCUGAAGAUCCAAGGCUAUACCAAGACGAGGUUCGAUAUUCGUGCAGUGCGGACUCCUACCUCUGGAAUGAUACAAGCGGCGGCCGCAGGUACGUGGAUCUUAGUCCCGAUAUCCUUGACACAUUCGACGAGCGGGGCUACAGCUGCCAGUGCCCGAUCGGCACGCCAAGCCUCAAUCCAGGAUGCUUCUACCCUGCUGGUGCACCGUAUCUGCAGAUGCCAAGCUGCGUGGUGCGACUGAAGACACCGACUGUGCUCCGCGAGGUCAGGGACUUCUUUGAUUGUCCGACACUCGCUGGUGCAGAGCUGGAGAACCAAGAAGGCAGCGGUUGCAACAUCAUUAACAGUCACUGGGAGCAGAGGGUUUUCACUUCCGAGCUGAUGGCGCCCGCGUCUUCGGAGCACUUGAUUGACACCUACGUUUCCCGAGUCAGCUUAGCCGUGUUCCAAGACUCUGGCUGGUACAAUGCUAACCUCUCCGCUGCUGAUCCCCUGGUUCCCGGCGUCCACUGGGGCUACAAGCAGGGCUGCAAUUUUGCAACGGCAAAGUGUGUUGAUGGAGGGACACCCGUUUCCUCUCACUUUUGCAGCAGUUCCGCAGAUGUAUCGUGUUCGUUGGACAGGAAAUCCGUUCUGGGUUGCGACAUUCUGCUUCUGGAUUCAGUUCCGCCAGUAUACCAGUACACGCCUGACAACGGCCUGGGCCGUUUGGCCGCAGCUGAUUACUGCCCGCACUAUGCCGUGCGUUACGUGAAUCGUGUCUGCGCCAGCAAUGAAUCAGUCACCGUGCCAUACGGAAAUGUCAACUUCAUGAAGGAAGUCUUCUCGGCGGAAAGCCGGUGCUUCAUGAGCACACUACACCAGGAUGUUCCAGCUGACGACGGAGGGACCUUCGUGGCGUCGCCAGAUGAUUUUGUCAACGAGAGGCCGGUCUGCUACAAAGUGGCCUGUGCCGACGGAGGGCAAAGUUAUCAGCUCCAGGUGGCUGACCAGACAGACCCGACAGCCUUUCUGUCGGUUGGAAGCUGCACGAGCGAAGGUCAGAAGCUGACACUGGCCGGUGCAGGUGGCACAAUCACUUGCGCAUCACCGGCUCAAGUUUGCAGUGAUUUGUCGUCGCGACAUGUUCUCGGAGAUGAGUGGAAGCAUGCGCCGGCACAAGAAACCAGCACUACGGCGACAAGCACUACUCGUAGCACUGCAACCGUGACGAGCACGACGGCUUCCACCACCACACACUCAGGUGCGACUCGUACUUCGACGUCCACGAUAAAGGGCACCUCCUCCAAGAUUGCGGGAACGAUCACCACAACCGGCUCUACACUUACAUCAACUUCUGUGGCCUUCGAUUCGGACGAAUUACCAGUAGCUGCGGCCGGGCGCCCCGCCGGAAUGAUGGCAGCUGUGCUGAUCACAUCAGCUCUGUGCAUGUAA